CGUACUUCCUCCCGGCGUCCCCCGCGGCGGGAAAGAGCCGAGUGGGCUCGAGGCCGACGCGACCAUCUUUCGUCGCCACCGCCGCCGUCGCCGCCGCCGCCCUGAGACAAGCCGUCGCGGCCGCUCCCAUCGCCCCUGCCCGCUACCAUGUCCGCCCAGGCGCAGAUGCGGGCCCUGCUGGACCAGCUCAUGGGCACGGCUCGGGACGGUUCAGUGUAUCUUUGCCUGCCUACAUCAAUCUGCAAGGGAGUUGCAGAAAGCCUCAUGUUCAUCGAGCCGUGAGUCACAACCAAUUUCUAAGCUGUUAUAACAAAAAAGUGUUUGCUUUUUUUCACGAGUAACUUUAAAAGUGUAGUUUAGAAAGAAAACAUUUUCAAUAAAAAGACACUACAUUAAUCCUGGAUGCUUGCAAAUCCUAAAAGAUAUUCCUCUAGUGUUGCACAGCUCUGUGUUGUACACAGAGACUGGCUUUUAAAAUUUGUCACAUACCACUUUGCCUUUACUUUUAUGUAUCAUUCCCCCGACUUCCUUACUGCAGGUGUGGGCAAGAAAACUUUUCCUUUAACACUUUUCAACAGCGGGCAUAAAAUUCUGCAGCUGAGGUCUUGAAGAAUGCAGAUGGGUACAGUAUGUGUUGGAGCUCACAGUGUGUAUUGACUAACCUAGUUCCUUUUUGCUUUUUUUGGUAUUGUCUUGUUAAAAGUGACUCCCAGGUAGCAACUCUCUUUUUUAAGGGUGGGGACAAAAGGGACAUAGGAAGAAUAGAUUUAGAUUAUUUAAGUGUCUUGGAUAGCGUUUGAAAGCUUUCUUCUUCAUUCAAUUUUGGGCAAAACACUGCCUCUGCAUUUGUUCAUAACAAAAAGAUGAAUAAGUAGCUUUUGUUGGUGGAAAUUACCAGCUCUAAAAGUCACCUUUGGUGGUUCAUGGACCUCUGAUUAGCUUGGGUUGUGGAAUCUCAUUGCCACAUGUACACGUGGAGCCAAUGGCCUUUUGGUGCUCAGCCCUUUACGUCUGACUCCUUGACUUCUUUGGUACAAUGAUGGAGUCAGAUCUCAUUAAGUGCGAUUCUUCAUGAUGUAACUAAGCCUAAAAAAAAAAUGUGCAUUCCACUCCAGUUGUAAAUAUCUUUUAGAGCAGCUUUUCAUUGUAUUUGAUGGGGAGAACACAGAAAUGAUAGUCUGCAAAUCAUUCAGGUGAAUUGUUAUAUUGGUUCUUUUUGUGGUUAAUGUGAUAAUAUUGUCUUAUUUAAAACCACAAAUGAAUUUCAGGAGAUGAAACCAGACAGAGGGUCAAGUUUACAGAUGAUCGUGUCUGCAAGAGUCACCUUCUGGACUGCUGCCCCCAUGACAUCCUGGCUGGGACGGCAUCAAGCAUCUCGAGUAGUCAAGAUUGCAAGACAGAAUGCCUACAGACUUGUUGCACGCAUGGAUUUAGGAGAAUGUACCAAAAUCCACGACUUGGCCCUCCGAGCAGAUUAUGAGAUUGCAAGUAAAGAAAGAGACCUGUUUUUUGAAUUGGAUGCAAUGGAUCACUUGGAGUCCUUUAUUGCGGAAUGUGAUCGGAGAACUGAGCUUGCCAAGAAACGACUGGCAGAAACACAGGAGGAGAUCAGUGCAGAAGUUUCUGCAAAGGCAGAAAAAGUACAUGAGUUAAAUGAAGAAAUAGGAAAACUCCUUGCUAAAGCCGAACAGCUAGGGGCUGAAGGUAAUGUGGAUGAAUCCCAGAAGAUUCUUAUGGAAGUGGAAAAAGUUCGUGCGAAGAAAAAAGAAGCUGAGGAAGAAUACAGAAAUUCUAUGCCUGCGUCCAGUUUUCAGCAGCAAAAGCUGCGUGUCUGUGAGGUCUGUUCAGCCUACCUUGGUCUCCAUGACAAUGACCGUCGCCUGGCAGACCACUUCGGUGGCAAGUUACACUUGGGGUUCAUUCAGAUCCGAGAGAAGCUUGAUCAGUUAAGAAAAACUGUCGCUGAAAAGCAGGAGAAGAGAAAUCAGGAUCGCUUGAGGAGGAGAGAGGAGAGGGAGCGAGAGGAGCGUCUGAGCAGGAGGUCAGGAUCAAGAACCAGAGAUCGCAGGAGGUCACGCUCCCGGGAUCGGCGUCGGAGGCGGUCAAGAUCUACCUCCCGAGAGCGACGGAAGUUGUCCCGGUCCCGGUCCCGAGAUAGACACAGGCGCCACCGCAGCCGUUCCCGGAGCCACAGCCGGGGACAUCGUCGGGCUUCCCGGGACCGGAGUGCGAAAUACAAGUUCUCCAGAGAAAGGGCAUCCAGAGAGGCGUCCUGGGAGAGCGGGCGGAGUGAGCGGGGGCCCCCGGACUGGAGGCUCGAGAGCUCCAACGGGAAGAUGGCUUCACGAAGGUCUGAAGAGAAGGAGGCCGGCGAGAUCUGAACCUGUCUCCGGGUGCUGUAAAUAGUCUGAUAAACAUUCGCACAGUCUAAAAUUACCCUUUAUAUUUGCUGAAUAUAACUCAUCUUUUGUAGUUUAAAAUUUCUAUUGUUUUGGAGCUAGCUGUGAGUUUCUAGAAUUGUACAGAGUUGCUCCUGUGUUUUGGGGUCAUGUUGAGUAGGAAUAAAUAAAUACGACGACUGCCUCCUGAG